AUGCGAUUCGUCUCGCCUGUCGUGCGUUUGUCCGCGGUUCUGGAAAUUUGCAGACUUUGUGCGACCAAAGAAGGCAUGUCGGACUUCGGUCCCUUAAUUUUCGCAACGGGACAGGCCCGACGGAGGCACGUAGCCGCUGCCGAGACUUCUAGCGAGAUCAUCGGGAAGAUGAAUUUGGACCUGCAUUGCGGAAUUGCAUAUCAUAUGUAUCCAGAUGCAAGUCGAGAAUCUCAGUCUGGACCAUUUCCAGGCCACGAUCGUACCCUGUCGAGAUCCUUGAGCGCUGCGUCGUGUGAAGAUGCUGGCGCAUUAUUAGCUGGUGCGAAGGACCCGCACGUGUCUGAAUCUCGGUUCCCCCAUGCAGCGGAGUUAGCAAAGAAAUGCUUUGACCAGUUCGCGACGAAGGAACACGAAAUUCCGCCGUUACAGCUGUGGCAUUUGCAUUUUACGACAGCACAUGGAACCGUAGAAGAUACGGUCGAUCCUCCGUGCCACUCGGUGCAACACGAGGUUAUUGGUUACUGGCUAUUGGCAGCUGGAUACUCCCUUCAAGAGAGAAUCUCGGCGAAAAGGGGAAAACGAGAGAAAGAGAAAAAGUCCUCGUCGUUCCACUUCUCGUUUUUCAGGCAAGGGAAGUUGGCUCGCCCGCGAGCUAGUGAGAGUGAUAGACUUGCCUCGCCGUCGGAUGCAUUACAGAUAGAACGUCCGCAUCGGCAUCGAGCGAGAAAGGAAUUUAUUGAGACAGGGAGACAAGUUGGAAGGUGUCCUAUCAGGAUCGCGUUGUCCUUACGGGGUCGUGGUGUACUGUUGGAAAGCCGGGUACUUGGUGUCAGCGUUUCGAUUCACUCGUAG